CAUGUUCAUGUCGCUUAGUGCUGCUAAAGGUCGCUGAUUUGAUGACGUGAUCCAAAUGGUCGGGAAAACUGUCGGAGGUCGUGGAGAUUGACAGCACAUUAUAGUGGCGUUGCAGGCACCUAUGUGAGAGCGUUCUGGAGAUACCCCCUUUUUGGGCGUCUCGAGUUUUGUUUGUGGGCUCUACCCCCCCCAUCGUAAGUCGGACUACUCUUUCGGCACGGUUGCAGUGCGGCUCGGUCUCCACCACAACCUUACUGCUCAUCCACACAACACAUUAUUGCGUCUCUGCCUGGGCGACCAGCGGUGUGUUUAUGUCUUUGUUUUGCGAAAACGGUGAGUACCCGGACGAAAGGAGCGACGGAUGGGAAAGUCUUCCCCUCUCUUCUCAGAGCUGUUGCGCAGCUGUUGGAACCUGUGUGCAGGGAACUUAGCCUACAAGCGCGGCACUUGCAGCCUCAGUGGCAAGACCUUUUUCAUGUCCGAGCCCGAACCCGCUUCCAGUCGUUUAUGUCAUCCCCUCUUCGCCAGACAGAGGAUACCAAAAAAUUUUCAGUCCAAGAUCUUCCUGUCGUACUGAUAAAGCCCGUGGCCAGCCAUCAUGUCUGUUAACGUCAACCGCAGCGUGUUGGACCAGUUCUACCGUUACAAGAUGCCCCGUAUAAUCGCCAAGGUGGAAGGCAAGGGGAAUGGGAUAAAGACGGUCAUAGUCAACAUGACCGACGUUGCCAAGUCUCUGAAUAGGCCUCCCACGUAUCCCACCAAAUUUUUUGGUUGUGAGUUGGGUGCCCAGACCCAGUUUGAUGCCAAAAACGACCGCUUCAUCGUCAAUGGGUCCCACGAGGCGAACAAGCUGCAGGACAUGCUGGACGGAUUCAUCCGGAAGUUUGUUCUGUGUCCCGAGUGUGACAAUCCCGAAACCGACCUGCACAUCAAUGCCAAGAAACAAACCAUUGGGAACUCCUGCAAGGCCUGCGGCUACAGAGGCAUGCUGGACACGCGACACAAGCUCUGCACGUUCAUCCUCAGGAAUCCACCAGAGGACACUGGGUCUGCCAAGAAGAAGGAGAAGAAGAGCAAGAAGAAGGACAAGGAGAACGGCUCCAGUGAUGGCGAAGCCGCAAACCACAAUGACAUAGACGCCCCCGAUGCUGUGGACCGAGAUGACGAUGAUGAGGACUGGGCGGAGGAGACUACUGAGGAGGCCCAGCAGCGCAGGAUGGAGGAGAUCAGCACGCACGCUAAGAACCUGACCCUCAGCGAGGACCUGGAGAAGCCCUUGGAGGAGAGGGUCAACCUCUUCUACAACUUUGUCAAGCAUAAGAAGGAGGACGAUGCCGUCGACUCCUCGGACAAAGAGAUCUUGGCGGAGGCGGAGCGUCUGGACGUGAAGGACACGGCCCCGCUGAUCCUGACUGAGCUGCUGAUGGAUGAGAACAUACGCGACCAGAUCAAGAAGUACAAACGUCACUUCCUCAGAUUUACCCACAACAACAAGAAGGCCCAGAAGUACCUGCUGGGUGGCUUUGAGUGUCUGGUGAAGCUGCACCAGUCCCAGCUUUUGCCCCGCGUGCCCCUUGUUCUCAAAGACCUGUACGACGCCGACCUACUGGAGGAGGAUGUCAUCCUGGCCUGGGCUGAGAAGGUGUCCAAGAAAUACGUGUCCAAGGAGCUGGCCAAAGAGAUCCACGCCAAGGCAGCGCCGUUCGUCAAGUGGCUGAAGGAAGCGGAAGAGGAGAGCGAGGGCAGCGGGGCGGACGAGGAGGAAGAUGAAGAUAAUGUGGAGGUGGUCUACUCAGCCUCUGUCCGCGAGCUGAAAGUGGAGACUGUGAAACCAGAGAAGCCUGCAGAGGAAGAGGACGACUUUGACAUCGACGCCAUCUAAAAGCAAAACUUAACAAGCCUCCACCGACAUGUUUUGCAAGCGAUUAUGAUGAAAAUAAUAACAGCAUGCCUUUGGUCCUGGUCGACCCUCACCCCACCUGCUGCUUUGUCUACCAUCCAGCUCUGCGAGAUGAUGAAUCUAUUUACUUUGCGCUAGAUGAAGUGAUGAGAUGUUGUUUGUAUAUGGAUGAAGAGUUGUUAUUAUUUGGUUGAUACUAAAUACAAAUGCUGCAUUUGUUUUCUCCCUGAAAUAUUUUCCUCUCCAAUCAUUAAAUAAUGUUUGCCUUA